AUGCCUCCUCGACUACAAUGUUUAAACGCCGCGCGCAAUGCGGUCUCAUCGCCAUUCCUCGGAAUGCGAUUUUCAACCAGUAGAAUUUUGGCUGCUGAACUUCCUCCAAGAUCUGAUGCACCUCCCUCAGAAAUGAGAGGUUACGAUAGUCUGAUGUCUCUUGUGAACAAAGCUCAAGAGAAGGGCAACGAGCGACGUAGGGCAUUAGCAGCCAAUUCUAGGGUGCAGCAAACUGCGGCUCAGGAAUACGAAGACAAUGUUUCGAGAUCAGCUCUGACAAAACAAAUACAUAGAAGGUGGAGAGCUGGAGAUGUGUAUGCGCCGCAUGAUUUGAGCGGAAUAGAAAUGGCGAAAUGGAAAAAGAGGGGAAAGGUUACAAGGGAUGUUUUUGAUGUGGUUGCUUUUGAUCCUAUAGCUACGGGGAGUUACAAGAAUUUCUCAAUCAUGUCAGAAUAUGUAACACCGAUGGGAAGGAUUAGAGGAAGUAAGGAAACAGGGUUAAGACCAGUUAAUCAGAGAAAGAUUGCAAAGUCAAUUAGGAGGUCUAUUGGUUUGGGUAUGAUGCCGAGUGUGCAUAGACAUCCAGAGGUCCUUUACAAAGCGAGGGAGAAGGAUGAGAUGAACGAUAAUUACAAACGAGGUACAUUGGUGUAGGGUAUUUGCAGGGUGGCAGAAAUGAAGGAAUGUAUGAUAUAUGUCGACUUGGUCGCAAACAUGCGCCCGGCGGAUUGGAGUUGGCCGCAAUGAUAUCAAAUUUAAGUAUACAUCAAUUGUGGUCACGGAAUACGCAGCAUCAGCCAAAUUAGGAGGCCCAUUUCCGUGAAGUUACUAUCAUGCCAUCAGCUGUUUGAUGUUACCACUGGCGAAGUUGCCCCUGUCACGCUGAAUUCUUCAAGUCGAAGAGUAUGCUUUGGCAGGGGGGGGCUAAACUCCUUCAUACAUUAUGAGAGCUGUGGAGACGCGUUCUGAUGGAUAUAUAUACAAAUUCAAUAAUGAUUUAACAAA